AUGUACAGCCUCACUCUUUUGGGAAAUGGCCUCAUUAUUAUUCUUACUUUGGUUGAUUCAGCCCUUCAUACUCCCAUGUAUUUUUUCCUGAGGAACCUAUCCUUCCUUGAAAUUUGCUACACUACAGUAACCCUCCCCAAAAUGCUGGCCAAUUUUGCCUCUGAAGUCAAGAACAUCUCCUUUGCUGGCUGUGCUGCCCAGAUGUAUUUUCUUCUUUCCCUUGGAACUGUGGAAUGUUAUCUGCUGGCUGUCAUGGCAUAUGACCGCUACAUGGCUAUCUGUUGCCCUUUGCAUUAUCCAGUCAUCAUGAACCAAAAAGCUUGUGCUCAGAUGACAGUCGUGUCCUGGCUCUGUGGAAUCUUGAUGCCCCUUGGCAAUGUGGUUUGGAUCUUCACCUUGCCCUACUGUGGUCCGAACAAAAUUAAUCACUUCUUCUGUGAUGUCCCACCAGUGCUGAAGUUGGCUUGCGCUGACACCACAAUGAAUGAAAUGUCAAUCCUUGCUUUAAGUGUUCUAAUCACAUUAUCCCCAUUCCUACUGGUCCUGGUUUCCUACAUCCGCAUACUCUUCACUGUACUUAAAAUGCCAUCAGCAAAAGGGAGACAUAAAGCCUUCUCCACUUGCUCAUCCCACCUCAUUGUGGUCACUGUGUUCUAUGGCUCCGCCAGUGCCAUGUACUUGCAUCCAAAAUCCAGCCACUCUGAGAAUAUAGACCAACUGGUUGCUCUCUUUUAUUCCAUCAUUACUCCUAUGUUGAAUCCCAUGAUUUAUAGUCUGAGGAACAAAGAAUUCAAAGAUGCCCUGAGAAGGACUCUGAGUGUUAGAACUUCACAUACCUUAAGCAAACAUAGUUUACUGUAUAGAACUUAA